AUGUCGACGCUGAACAAAGACGAACAAGAAACGCUGCGCCUACUGGUACAGCACGUCUCGCGGGCGUUCUACGAGCCAAAGUACACCGUGGUCAUGGACCAAUUAUGCGCGCGGUUCGUCAGUCUGAAAGACGACGAUCUAGCGGGACGGAUGGGGCUACAGCUCAAGGAGCUGAAUAAAAUCAUGGCUGUGUUGGAGUCUGAUCGCUUGGUCAAAAUUUACCGGCAAAAUGAGCUCAAGGAGGGUGCUCAAAGGUCGGUUGGGAGGCAAUAUUACUUCAUCGACUACCAGCACUUCUGUAAUGUUGUCAAAUGGCGCGUAGCCGAGAUGCGGCGAAUAAUUGACUCGUCGCUCCGGAAUGAGCUAGACAAUAAGGGCUACAUUUGCCCACAAUGCGGCAAAUCGUUCUCUCCUUUAGAUGCCGACAAGUUGAUUGAUUUCACCUCGGGAAUGUUCAUCUGCGACAUUUGUCGAGCAGAAGUCGUCGAGAACGAGAAUGCGGAGAGCGUGCGUGGGAGUCAAGACCGCAUGCAGCGGUUCAACAGGCAGAUGCGAUUUCUCCGUGAGGGUCUCCGGAGAACGGAGGACAUGGUGCUCCCUGCGUUCGACGUUGCGAUGUGGAUCAAGACACAUAUAAUUGACGCCGAAAAGGCCAAGGCGGCAGGACCGGGAGGAGGAUUGAAAAUUGCAGGCGAGUCAGGGGAAGCGAAGCAGGACGAAUCAUUUGGAAUUGUCCUAUCUGUCGACAAGGACGAGGCAACACGGCGCGAGGAGCGUGAUCGGGAAGCUGCUGCAAAGAGACAGCAGAAUGCACUCCCAACUUGGCACUUAAAAAGUACUAUCUCUGGUGACCUCACAGCGCUGGGAAUCAAAGAAAGUGCUCUUGCGCAAGAAGUUCAAGGCACAAGCGUCAACAAGCUACCGAGCUCCAAUGACACUAUGAUAGGCAUGGGUCCACAUCUUCUAACCAUUGAUGCAGAUGAAGACGUCAAGCCGGACAUCACACAAUCAAAAGAAGAAGAUUAUUACGACCAGUAUUAUGCGUCCCUCGCGGCCUCUGCGGCACCAUCGGCGAACGACACGCCCAAUAUACCCGGCGCAGGGAGUGAUUUUGGUGAAGAAGAUGACGUGAAACCCUCCGUAGAGUAUCUGCAGUCCCUAAACGAGUAUCGUAAGAGGUCGCGAUCGGAAGAUGAUGUAGACGGAGGGCGCGGUAUACCCAAAACUCCACGACUCUUAGGCGAUGGGAUCGUAACAGCGUCGUCGUCGCCCGGCAGCAGCCAACAUAGUAGUGCUCCGCCUGCCACGCCGUCGACCGGACAUACCAGUCUUGAGAAUGUAGCAGUUGCUGGCAAACCGUUUAGUGAUCCCGUUGUAUAUGUCAAUGGCGAACCGGUGGCGCUGUCUGCAAUCACAGAAGAGCAUCAAGAGAUGAUGACGCCUGAAGAAUACACGAUGUACUUUGAGGUGCUCACGGCUCAUUCGUAA